AUGAGCAACAUCGCAGUGAUCCCCCGCGAUAUACCCAACGACGACCUCGAUAUCAUCAUCGACCGAGUCAAAGACCUCCGACUGUGUGGCCUCCAACAGAGCCCACAGGCAUUCUCAUCGAAAUACGAAAACGAAGUCUUAUUUCCGCGUUCCAAAUGGCUGUCUCGCAUCGAGGAUCCCAACGCCCGCACUUUCAUCGCCCUCGGAGGUGACUCCCCGGCUGUCGUGGACUCAAAUCCCCUCCCUGCGCUUUUAACUCGGGAAUGGAUGGGAACACUCACCCUGAGAGGACCGGCCGUCGUUCCUAACCAAGAUGACUGGACGCUUGCAAACUUGAUGGAUCUCUUCUCUUCUUCGCAGCUUGAUCGGGUCCAGACUCUUGAUCUAUCGACUGUGGCGUUUAAGUUCAACGGGGUGUUUGUCCGUUCGGAAGGGCGCGGACAAGGCAAUGGGCGACGACUAGUCGAGGAAGCUAUAGCGCACUCAAAGACAAAGGCAGUCGAAAUGGGAGCUCGUCGGGUUUGGGUGCUCAUCUCCGUGGAAGUCAAAAAUGAGGCUGCGUUUAAGUUCUAUCGGGAUUGUGGCUUUGAGGUGUGGAAGGAGAAGGCUUGGUUAGAGACGAGAGAUGUACGAGUAUUGGACAUGCAGUUAGAUUGUUAG